AUGGAAGCCUCACGCAAGAAGAGCUCAUCCACAACAUUUUCUAUCAACAGUAUAUUACAAGAAGAGAAGAGAUCAAAAAUGAACGAGGAACUAACAACUGUGACCUACAUACAUGAUUUUGGAGGGAUCACAGCUCAGAAUCAUAAAAGGUUACCAGAGCCUGUUCAGAACACAACGCCACAAAACUGCGUCACGAUUGGAGAAUCUUCGCAAACAUCGUUCUCAUCACACGGACUCAUUCCAAAUGAAGGACCGAACACAGGUUUGAAUACGGCACAAUUUGGUAUAUAUACCUAUACACCGGCCCCCCACGUUUGAGAUAUCUUCAGUCUUCAGGAAGUUCAGACACAAACUACGGCAGCUUAUUGUAGAAUACUACUUGCACAGGACCACCACGUUUGAGAUAUCUUUUUCAGGUAGUUCAGACACAAACCACGGCAGCUUAUUGUAGAAUAUUACCUACAACUGGACUCCACGUUUGAGUGAUCUUUUGCAGGUAGUUCACGAUCAGACACAAACUACGGCAGCUUAUUGUAGAAUACUAUACCUACACUGUACGACCACGUUUGAGAUAUCUUUCGCAGGCAGUUCAUGAUCAGACACAAACCACGACAGCUUAUUGCACUGGGUCAAACCAAACGUUUGAGAUAACAAUGAUUUAAAUUCUCCUUUCAGGCAAAAGUGCCUCAACACCUUCGAGUAAAGACGCAACUACAAACAGCUCAACAAAAUCGAAACCAAAAAGACGUGUGCUGUUUACCAGAGCACAAGUAUUCGAGCUUGAGCGAAGAUUUCGCGUCCAAAAAUAUUUAUCUGCCGUCGAACGAGAACAACUGGCGCGAAUCACAAAUCUCACGCCUACACAGAUUAAGGUGUGGUAUCAAAAUCAUCGUUAUAAGAAUAAAAAGCAAAAUGUCCAGGAAUCGACCAAGACGCAACAACUUUGGGACUUGUACGAGUAUGGUAGAAAUAGACAAAUGUUAGAACAAAUGUUUCCAUGUGCAACUACACCACAUGUAACUCCUAGUAUUAACCUAGCUGCAAUGAAUUAUGGAACGCAUAUUACCCGGUUGCAGAAGUGA